AAUUCCAUUACAUUACAUAUUUUAUCCUACUCAACAGUCAACACCAAAACAUGUUUCUCACCCAUUAGCCACCCUUAACUAACUAAUCAUGUCUCUCUCUUUCACUUUCCCUCCCUCUUCCCGCCGGCACCACCGCCGGCACCGCAACCACACACUUUUUCAUUUUCUUUUCCUCGCUGUCGCUGCAAUCCUCUGCAGUCACGCCCACGCUCGCUUCCUUACACCCGAUCUAGUUUCCGAUGGUUGGAGUAAUGUUCUCAGACUCCCCACGGAUGAAUCAACCUGCGAGGAGACCUACGGAUUCUUACCGUGCACCACCACCAUUCUUGGAAACUUGUUUCUCAUCUUGGUCUAUGGUUUCCUCAUGUAUACUGCUGCUACUUUUUUAUCUAACGGUAGUGAACUCUUGCUUGAGAUCUUAGGUCCCGGCAUUGUUGGUGGAUUGUUUCUUCCUGUACUCGGUGCUCUCCCUGAUGCAAUGCUCAUUCUCGUGUCUGGGCUUUCAGGAAGUACAGAAACUGCUCAAAGUCAGGUAUCUGUUGGAAUGGGACUGUUAGCUGGAUCAACAGUGCUGCUUCUGACUAUAAUAUGGGGAACUUGUGUUAUUGUUGGCAAGUGUGACAUUGAGGAUUCAAUUGCGAUAGAUUCACAAGACACUAGAGGCUUCAGUUUAACUGGUUCUGGUGUUAGCACUGAUAUUUGGACAAGUUAUGCUGCAAGGAUUAUGGUUAUAUCUGUCAUUCCAUUUUUGAUUGUUCAAUUACCACAAAUUCUCCAUUCAACUUCUGGAAGGCACUUGGCAGUUUUGAUUGGUCUUGCUGUCUCUAUCUGUUUAUUGAUCUCUUAUUGCCUUUACCAGAUUUUCCAACCCUGGAUACAAAGGAGAAAAUUGGAAUAUAUUAAACACAAACAUGUUAUUUUGGGACUUUUGAAACAUUUGAAGAUGCGUUCAUUGGGAAGGCUGCUGAAAGAUGAUGGCGAACCAAAUAAAGAAGUAAUUAGAAAGUUGUUUACAACAAUUGAUGAAAAUAAAGAUGGACAUCUUACUCAUGGUGAAAUGAGAGCACUGGUCGUUGGAAUUCAAUUUGAGGAGAUAGACCUGGAUCAUGACGACGCUGUGAAAAGAAUAAUGGUAGAUUUUGAUACUUCUCGUAAUCAACUUGUCGACGAAGAAGAAUUUGUUAAUGGUGUCUGUAGAUGGCUUCAAACAGCCAGGCGUUCUAAAGCUGCAUCUGGUGAUGCUGGUCCACACACAAUGAAGUUUUUAAGUGAUUUUCACACAGAAACAAGGAGGGAACACGAUCUUCUGGACGUGGGGGGUCAGAGUGAUGAAGUCGAAGAGGGUGUUGAGAAUGCUAGAUGGAUUUCCAUAAAAGCAGUACUGCUUCUUCUGCUGGGUGCUAUUAUUGCAGCUGCAUUUGCUGAUCCUCUGGUUGAUGCUGUCGAUAACUUUUCUGAAGCUACAAGUAUUCCAGCUUUCUUCAUUUCCUUCAUUUUUCUACCUCUUGCAACCAAUUCAAGUGAAGCAGUAUCAGCAAUAAUUUUCGCUAGUCGUGAUAAGAGGCAAACAGCUUCAUUAACAUUUUCUGAGAUAUAUGGUGCAGUAACAAUGAACAAUGUGCUAUGCCUAUCGGUUUUUUUGGCGCUUGUAUAUGCGAGGGGAUUGACAUGGGACUUCUCUUCAGAAGUGUUGGUUAUUCUCAUCGUGUGCAUUGUCAUGGGCGUCUUCGCCAGUUUCCGUACUGUUUUCCCUCUAUGGACAUCUAUACUGGCUAUCCUACUUUAUCCCUUCUCCCUAGUAUUGGUGUAUGUUCUUGAUUAUGUAUUUGGGUGGUCAUAGAUCAAAUGAUGUUUUAUAGAAUGUCUAGUUGUAUGUGUCUUUUCCUUCUUGAGGGUGUAUUGUUUAUCGAGAACAGUUGAGUGGGUACAGUUUUGACUCAUUCAACACACUGUGAGUAUUUAUAUAAAAUAAAUCAUUGUUGAAAAAUAUAUUGUGAUGGUUCAUGUAUGUGAUUGUGUUCUUUGAAUCUCAUCAUUGAGAUACUUGUGAUUCCAUUAAAUUGAUUUUGACACUUUUAAAUGCA